AGUGCUCAUGAAGUCAUGGUGCUGAGAAGAGUCUGGUUGUGUACUUGUGUCAUAGCUAUUUGCUUUGUAAUCUCUCAUGAAGCCAAGGAAGAAAAACUUUGCCAGCCUGCUUCUUGUGGUGAUCUCCAUGACAUCAGAUACCCUUUUCGCCUGAAAAUCAAUGGUUCUGAUCAGAAUUGUCUCAGCUCUCCAGCUGAACUUACAUGUGAUGAGCAUAAUCGCACCACUCUGAAUCUUUACAACGGCACAUACUAUGUCAGGGCAAUCAACUAUGACAAUAGUACAAUCCAAGUUGUUGAUCCUGGACUGCUUAGGGAUUCUUGCCCCUUCAGACCACUCUACCUCUUAACAGGUGAUAACUUUAGUCAUACGGAUAUAUACCAGCCAACUGGGGCUUACGAUUUUGUAUCCUUCUUGGAUUGCUUGCAACCAGUCAAGUCUCGGGACUAUGCAAAAGUCCAUUGCAGUAGCUCAUUAUCUACAACUUCAUAUUCUUAUAUUAUGGUUGGAUAUAGAGUGGGGGAUCUUCCACCGUCUUGUAAUAUGGUCACAGCCAGUCUUGCAAUGCUACAACAACCUUGGGGGCACCGCUCAUUUCCUCUCACUCGUCAUCAGCUGAAAAGGGGUUUUGAUCUUUCAUGGGGGAAAUAUAUCUGUGAAAAGCAUUGCCAGGCAAAUGAUGCUUUCUGUUCCGUUUCGAAUUACCGGUGGGAGUGCUAUGACAACUGCUAUUCACCAUUUACAACCAUCUAUUGUUUUCGAGAUUACCUGAAACGUGGUUUCAUUCCCAUCGCCGAGUUCACUGCAUGCAGCAUGGUCGUACGAACAGUAAUUGGCAUUAUCGUUUUCUUGGGUUUUUGGAGUUACAAGUUGUAUUCCAAAAUGUUCGUAAAGGAUGGUGCAGUUGAAGAAUUCCUGCACUCGUACAAGGAUCAGAUGCCAAGAAGGUAUUCAUAUUUGGAUAUCAGAAAGAUGACAACUGAUUUUAAAGACAAACUUGGUCAGGGAGGUUUUGGUUCUGUUUACAAAGGAGAGCUGUCAAACGGUCAUCUUGUUGCAGUAAAGAUGUUGAGUGGUUCCAAAGGUAAUGGACAAGAUUUCAUCAAUGAAGUUGCGACGAUAGGAAGAAUCCAUCAUGUCAAUGUGGUGCAACUAAUAGGCUUCUGUUCGGAGGGAUCAAAAAGAGCUCUUGUUUAUGACUUCAUGCCUAAUGGAUCCCUAGACAACUAUAUUUUUCCGAAGAAAGAGAAAGCUCUUAGUUUAAGUUGGAAUAGGAUGCAAGAGAUAGCUCUAGGGGUGGCUCAUGCAAUUGAAUAUCUACACCAGGGAUGUCAUAUGCAAAUUCUACAUUUUGAUAUUAAACCGCACAAUAUUCUUCUUGAUGCAAACUUUACUUCAAAAAUUUCGGACUUUGGGCUUGCCAGGUUUUACCCUAAAGAUGUUCAGACUGUUUGUCUUACUAACGUCAGAGGCACAAUAGGAUACAUAGCUCCAGAAUUGUUCUACAGAACCAUUGGAAGCGUGUCAUACAAGGCUGAUGUUUAUAGCUUUGGAAUGUUGUUAUUGGAAAUGGCAGGCCGGAGAAAGAACUUGAAUUUAGAUGCAAAAAGUUCAAGCCAAAUAUACUUUCCUUCCUGGAUUUUUGGGCAACUAGAAAAGGGAUUAUGCAUCGAAAUUGAGGAUGCCUGCGAGUCUGAUCAGAAAAUAGCCAACAAGAUGAUCAUUGUUGCACUGUGGUGUAUACAAUUGACCCCUGUUGAUCGCCCUUCGAUGAGCAAAGUUGUAGAGAUGCUUGAAGGUGAAGUUCAAGUCUUGCAAAUGCCUCCGAAACCUUUCUACUGUCCACAAGAUUUGCCUACAGCGGAUCUACCUGGUGAAUCAGACUUUGAAGAAGUAUCUACCCAGCAACACAGUGCUAUAGAACUGCUCUCCUUUCAGUCCUUUGGAAAUGUCAUUGAGUGAACUUUUUCUUUGUGUAAAUUUUUCUGUACUGAAAUCUGAAACUAAGUAGAUUUGGAAUAUUAAAUAUAAUGCUCAAGUAUUCGAGAA